AUGCAAGCCAAUUUAAGUAUUUUAAUUGUUGGGAUAUUCCCAUUUAAAAUGAAUCUAGUUAUAUUUGAGCUAAACUACAAUAUGUUUUUAUUGAAUGCUUCUGGUUAUUGCCAUAUAGGCAUCUUGUCUAUCUCAAGAGUUUUUUCUAUUCUUUCAUUUGGCAAGCUGUUAAAAGGGAAUCUAGCUAAAUACCAGCAUUUUAAUAAAAUUCCUGUUUUAUCGAAUGCUUUAAAAUACAGAACUAGAAAUAUUAUAGCUAGUCCCAAAAUUUAA